CCUUCAGCAUAUGCAAUGAGGAAGUUAGACAAGGGCGAGUACAUUGAAUUAUGGUACUUCACUAACGAGGGAUUAGAUGAAGCUCUCACCAGAAAAGCUGUCGUCGAGGACGACGCGAUGGUGUUAUCCACACUCGCGGAUGGAUCCAUGGCUUGGAUCACGGCGGCCUUAGCACACAAUGCUUCAUCCGUCAUCAAUGACGAAGACCUCACCUUUGAGGAUUUCUGUCAGGCGUGUCCCAGGUUUAUCACAGUCAUAGAAGAAGCGGACUGGCCAAUGGACCGUGUCAGGAUGCUAGCAAUAUUUUGGAAAAAUAUUCAAGUUCACGAAUUUCGUUCCAUGCGGGACCCGAUGUAG